AUGCCCUGGCCCGCGACCGGCCUGCAACCUUUGGCGGCGAUCCGCGAGCCCGACGCGCGCGACGUGCUCGCGGGCCUGCGCACGCACCCGCCCGUCAUCUUCGCGUUUCCCCCGUCUUCAACGUCGACGUCGGAGGGGGGACCGGGGCACACGUGCAGCGCGCCCGAGCUCGCGACGCAGAUCGUCGAGGCGGGGUUUCACCCGCAGCUCGCGGCCGCGCUGCACAUGCUCAACGCGAAUCUGAGCGCGGCGCGGGAAACACUUAGAGGUUGGCAGGGCGGACGAGAAAGCGAGGAAGGAGACGAGAUCGGGCAGUGGUUAUGCGCGAUCCUGGCGAGAACCGAGGGGCGGUACGAAGAUGCGCAGAGGUUGUACGCGAGCGUGGCUCAGCCCUCGGAGGUGAGCAGCGCAUCGGACCGAACCGUCGUCUUCUUCGCUGAGGGUUGCAUGGGCAAACAGGAGUCUGGCGCUGAGCUCUUCGCGAAAGUCUGGGGCUCGGCCUCAGAGGGCACCUCCAAAGUCUCCGCUUACAUCGCCCGCACGGCGCGUCUCAAACAGCGGCUCCAGGCCGAGGGCAAACUCGACAAGGUCGCGCGCGCGCGGCGGCGGAGCGCGAUCGAGGCGAACCAGGACAUGCUCAGCCGCCUCCGGUUUUCGCAGCAGCAGCACGAACAGUCGCCUGGGGCCCUGGCUGCGCAGGCGAUGCAGGCGCUCGAGGCGGAGGAGGAGGAGCGGCACGGGGAGCGGUCUGAUCUCGAUUGGGAGAUGACGGACCUGCAGCGGGUCGCGAGGGAGGAGCUAGCAGAGAUCGCGGGGUGGUGCGGGCGACGGUUUGGCUGGGGGACGUGGGCGGAGGGCGAGGAUUGA